GCACAUUCCUCAGACACUUGCAUUCGCCGACAUUGUCAUGGCAUCGGACCAAGUGAAUGUCGAUGUGAUCGUGGACAAACUGCUAAGCGUGCGUGGGGCGCGGCCAGGAAAGCAGGUGAACUUGCUAGAAGAGGAGCUGAGGUACCUGUGUGUGCAUUCGAAGAAGUGCUUUAUGGCGCAGCCCAUGCUGCUCGACCUGGACGCGCCUAUCAAAAUCUGCGGCGACCUCCACGGCCAGUACUUUGACCUGCUAAGUCUCUUCCAGUUCGGCGGGUUUCCUCCCCUUUCCAACUACCUCUUCCUUGGCGACUACGUGGACCGCGGCAAGCAAAGCAUCGAGACUAUCGCGCUGCUGCUUGCGUACAAGAUCAAAUACCCCGACAACUUUUUCCUCCUUCGCGGCAACCACGAAGACUCGUCUGUGAAUCGUCUGUACGGGUUCCACGACGAAUGCAAGCGCCGGUACAACGUCAAGCUAUGGAAGAUGUUUUGCGACACCUUUGACUGCCUUCCCGUCGCCGCCAUCGUCGAACAGAGCAUUUUCUGCAUGCACGGCGGGCUCUCCCCCGAGCUCCUGGACAUGCAGCAGAUUACUCGGCUCGCGCGACCGGCGCCCAUGCCCGAGACAGGUCUCCUCGCUGACCUCUUGUGGGCCGACCCCGAGGCUAACAUUCUCGGCUGGGGCGAGAACGACCGCGGCAUCAGCUACACCUUUGGCGUGGACGUGGUCGUCCAAUUUCUCAAGCGACACGACCUCGAUAUGAUCUGUCGCGCCCAUCAGGUCGUGGAAGACGGGUACGAGUUCUUUGGCGGACGAAAGGUCGUGACGAUCUUCAGCGCACCAAACUACUGCGGCGAGUUCAACAACGCCGGCGCCAUGAUGGUGCUGGACGAAGCGCUUCUGUGUAGUUUUCAGAUCCUCAAACCCGUCGAGAGAAAGUGGACGGCCCCUGGGGGCUUUAUGAGGAAAUAAGUCUAGAUCUGUACACGUCGUGCCAUGGAAACACAUCAAGUGCUUUGGUUAGAAAUGGUCAAGAUGAAGCGAUAGGUGUUGUAAUCCCAGUUGGCAUCGCGUAUCC